GCGCGAAAAUUGAAUUCCUGACUCAGUCGUUCGCGCGAACGCUUCCGAAGUAGACGUGCGUUGGGAUUUUUGGGUUUUUUAUUUUUAUAUAUCACCAAGAGGUGUUCAAGAUGAAGUACCUAUUUGUUCUCGCUGUUUUCGCGUUGGCGUUCGCCGCUGAAGAGAAGAAGGAGGAAAGGCCGAAGACUUUCCAACGACUGAUUCCCGCUGACGUACUGAGAGAUUUCCCCGGUCUCUGCUUCGCAUCCACCCGCUGUGCCACAGUCGAACCUGGCAACUCCUGGGACUUGGCUCCCUUCUGUGGUCGUAGCACCUGCGCAGUCAGUGAAGACACACCCCCCAGGCUCCUGGAACUCGUUGAGGACUGCGGACCCCUUCCCUUGGCUAACCCCAAAUGCAAACUCGACACUGACAAAACCAACAAGACUGCACCCUUCCCCGACUGCUGUCCAGUAUUCACAUGUGAAGAUGGCGUCAAAUUAGAAUACCCAGAACUCCCCACACCACCAGCAGAAGAAAAGAAAACUGAGGAAGCUAAGGCCUAAAUUAAAAUAUAGUUUUAAAUUUGAUUAAUUAUAAUUAUAUGGACGCUCAAUUGACGUUACACUUUCCCGCGUCCAUUUCAAAAUCUAUUGUAUUUAUGUAUAUAAAAGUAAUUUUAUUACCGCUUUCUAUUUGUAACUAACAAUCAGCUAUUGUUCAAAAUUCAAAGCGGUUUCCUAUUUCCGGUUCCGUUGGUAACAAAAACCUUUGUUCGGUUUUUAAAGUUGGUCGCGUUUUCUUUUUUUAUUAUUUUUUUUAGGAGUUUAUCGAUCUUUUUUUACUUGAAUACCUGCCUAUUAUAAGAAAAGUUUGUGAUAUUGAUUAAAUAAUAGAAAAGAGAUUCAAUAAAAAAAUACAAAUUUCUAA